AUGACUCGGACAGGGAGGACAUACGUUGGCAGCCCUAAGGUUUUCGACAUGCCAGAGAAUGUUUCGUUCUCCAGGAACCGCACGGUUCUGGACGCGCGGCCGGGGACGCGUCCCGCGUGGGCUAUCACGGUACUGGCCAGCGUGCUGAUCUUCACCACGGUGGUGGAUGUCUUGGGCAACUUGCUGGUUAUCAUUUCAGUGCUUAGGAACCGGAAACUUAGAAAUGCGGGGAACGUGUUUCUGGUGAGCCUGGCCUUUGCUGACCUGGUGGUGGCCUUCUACCCCUACCCCCUGGUGCUCUACGCCAUCUUCCAUGACGGCUGGUCGCUGGGAGAGACACAGUGCAAAGUCAGUGGUUUCCUGAUGGGCCUGAGCGUCAUCGGCUCCAUCUUCAACAUCACCGGCAUCGCCAUCAACCGCUACUGCUACAUCUGUCACAGCUUUGCUUAUGAUAAGCUCUACAGCUAUCGCAACACCCUCCUACUGGUGGGGCUCAUCUGGCUCCUCACCAUCCUGGCCAUCAUACCAAACUUUUUUGUAGGGUCACUCCAGUACGACCCCAGGGUAUAUUCGUGUACCUUUGCUCAGGCCGUCAGUACAUCGUACACCAUCACUGUGGUGGUGAUUCAUUUCUUCGUGCCCAUCGCUGUGGUUACCUUCUGCUACCUGAGGAUCUGGAUCCUGGUCAUCCAGGUGAGGAGGAAGGUGAAGUCAGAGGUGAAGUCUCGACUCAAACCCAGCGACAUGCGCAACUUCAUCACCAUGUUUGUGGUGUUCGUGCUCUUCGCCAUCUGCUGGGCGCCGCUCAACUUCAUUGGGCUGGCUGUGGCCAUCGACCCGGAGACGGUGGCGCCACGGAUCCCCGAGUGGCUGUUCGUGGUCAGCUACUUCAUGGCGUACUUCAACAGUUGCCUUAACGCCAUCAUCUACGGCCUGCUCAACCAGAACUUCCGUAAGGAAUACAAACGGAUUAUCAUGGCCAUGUGGAUGCCUGGUCUGUUCUUCCAGGAGGCGUCACAGGGGGGUACAGAGGGUAUGAGGAGCAAGCACUCGCCCAGACUGGGACUCAACAACAACGAUCACAUCAAAGGAGAGGCUUUGUGA